UUCUGGUUUCUAUGCAUUUAUGCAAAUUUAUAACAUGUUCUUAGCCGGCUCCCCAACAUCCGGUCAUUGAUGCAUUACAGGUCUAGGGUUUCUGCUCUCUGAUCAGUGUUUGAAAAUCUCUAUUCAUAUUUGGUUUCUUCGACUCCUGUAAUCAUGGGGGACUGGCAAGAUCUUGCUCAAUCAGUAAUCAUCGGUCUCAUUUUCUCAUUCCUUGUCGCGAAGCUUAUAUCCAUGGUGAUUUCAUUCAGAGAUGAGAACCUUAGGUUGGCACGGGAAGAGCAUAUACCGUCCAUGUCAGUUGAAGCUGAAUCUUCGUUUGGUGUAAAGGAACCUGGUGCAGUCUCCGAAAAACCAAGUGCCGCAGCAGAAGAGAAGCUCCGUGCUAGUGAAGGAAAUCAAGAUGUUAGCGAGAAUCAGAGCAAACAGAGUGAGAGUUACUUGGAAGAGGAUGACGAUGAUGAUUGGGAAGGAGUUGAGACUACCGAGCUUGAUGAAACAUUUAUUGCUGCUACGGCUUUUGUGGCUGCUGCUGCUGCGGAUCGUUUGUCACAGAAGGUCUCUAACGAUGUUCAAUUGCAGCUUUAUGGUCUCUAUAAGAUUGCCACCGAGGGCCCUUGCAGCACACCACAACCCUCUGCCCUCAAGCUGUCAGCUCGUGCCAAGUGGAAUGCAUGGCAGAGGUUGGGUGCUAUGCCUCCAGAAGAAGCAAUGCAGAAGUAUAUAAUGAUAGUUUGCGAGCUAUAUCCUUCUUGGGCGGCUGGAUCUACUGUUAAACGUAAAGAUGGAGGCGAUGAUGCACCUAUUUCAGACACUGAAGGAGCAAGAACAAUGGGCCCAGUUUUCAGCAGCUUUGUUUAUGAGGAGGAGUCCGGAGUUGAAUUGAAGAUGGAAGCUAUACAUGCCUGUUCAAGGGAAGGAGAGAUGGAUAGCUUGCUUAAACAUAUAGAUAGUGGUGUUUCAGUUAAUCUUAAAGAUAGCGAGGGCCGGACCCCUAUGCAUUGGGCUGUUGACCGUGGGCAUCUCAACAUUGUGGAGCUGCUUGUCAGCAGGAAUGCUGAUGUAAAUGCUAAAGUAAAAAUCAAUGACACUUCCAUGUAGCUCAAAUAUUCAGGUGCAAUUUUGUGUCUUAGAAUUGGAUCCAUCAAACAGUUGCAUCCUAGGAUUCAGGGACUACUCUCAUAUGGAUCCACCUAUUAGCAUGGGUAAGUAGGCAAAUAUAGGUAGAAAUGAUAAUUAUCUAGAUGCAUCUUGCAUUUAAUUAUCCACAUCUGCUAUUGAAAGUGGCAAUCAAAGUCUGCAAUCAUGGUAGGACCCCAACGUUCCUCCCCCUUCCUCUCCC